GUUUGACAGGGCUAGAAAAAUCAUGAAGCACGAAAGCAUGCCCUAAUUAUCGUCUCCGAUUCCCCAAUCUCUAUCAACGAUUGGCGAUACUCUCCAACUACCGACGGCUGGAGCCCGUGAGUCACCUUCCCACACUCAGCACACACCAGCCACUUCCCGGAGGUAACGAUCAGACCGCACGCAGCUGCCACUGCCCGGCGGCCAUCAAGUCCGGCUGUCCCGAGUCCACACCUGCGACCUAGUUCACUCAACGGCGAUUCACUCCGCACCCACUGGCUACCGAAGACAGGUAUUCGGUGACUCUGACUUUAUAUUUUCUGUUUUGGGGCUUGGACAAUUCUAUAGUAAAAACCUCCACAGUUUCACGAUCAAUGACGUAGUUUCUCUCUCCUCUGAAGUCAGUUCUAUCAUUUUUUUAUUGCUGAAGGGUUAUAGGAACGUUUAAUUUUGGUGGAGAAACACUGAAGCGUGAGAUCUUGAGUUCGCAUUAGACGUACCCAAAUUAGAUUCUUAUAUGUCGUAAGAGCUUUGGCCAACUUUAUUCUUUCUUCCUUGAUAAGACUAUGUCUUCCGCAACCAUAUGCUGUAGGAAGUGAUAAAAUGCAGUUUUGUCCAACUUGUGGGACUAUGUUGCUCUUUGAAUUGGCUCACAUGGCGCAUCCUAAUCAAUUUUUCUGCCCGACAUGCCCUUAUGUAUGUAGAGUAGAGAACAAGAUAAAACAACAUACGCCCCUAGUUAGGAAACCGAUGGAACCCAUUUUCUCGGAAGAUGACCAGAAGGUUAUCAACAAAACUUCAGGGGUGUCCUGCCCUGCCUGUGGUCAUGGGGAAGCUUCUUAUAUCGAAGUUCAGACCAGGUCAGCCGACGAGCCUAUGACAAUAUUCUACAGGUGCACCAAGUGUAAAAGCACGUGGAAGGAGAACUAGAAACACUGACAAGCUGUUACUUAGUUAUAUGGUCUUGUUAUUGCUUUCAUUCUGUAUUGAGAAAUUUUGAUGUUGAGUUAUGGUCCUCUGGAUUUGUUUUUGUUUUAUCCGUCUUACUAUUUACUUGAGAUUUUCUGAAUGGAAUGUGAGAGGAUGGUUGGCGAAUUAAUCGUCAAGAUUUGCGGUUCACAUAUACUUUUAUGCAGACUGAUGCUUGUUUGUGAUGGAUGAUCUGAGUUGUUACGUUGACAAUGAUAGAGAUUGGUUCUGUUUGAAGGUUGUGUGAUACUUUGUUUUUCAGAUAUCUCUCUUCUUUGAAGAUUAAAG